AUGCAGUUAAUUAUCUCUUCAAUUUACAGCCCCCCUCCAGAUGACAUUCAAGAGACUAUUUCAAGCAUUGAGGACAUUAGCUUUAAGUACCCAUCGAUCCCGCACUUACUCGGUGGUGAUUUCAAUGCCCAUAGUACCAUAUGGGGGUAUCCCACCACCACCCCUAAAGGGCAACUGCUAGAAGAUUUCCUGAAUUCUAACGGCCUUCAAAUUAUCAAUGCACCUCAUGCACAGCCAACCUUUGAUAAUACCUACCAUCAGGGCUGGCCGGAUAUCACUAUCACUACCCAGGACAUCGCCAACAAUGUCCAUGACUGGCAGGUGGCCGAAGACGAAAGUUGUUCGGACCACCGAUAUAUUUACUUCAAUAUAGAAGGUGAUACGAGCAUUAGCAUACUCAGGAGAUUUAAGUUACCAAAGAAUAGAAUACAGGCACUCACAAGGGCCUUUUCGCAGGCGCUUCAACAAAAGGAGCAAGCGUUGGAUUUAUGCAAUAAUCAGAAUGACCUUAAUGACCAUACAGAACAACUUCUAGACACCAUUCGAUGCAUAUGUGAUCAAUACCUGCCCACCAGGACUGCAAAACGACUACAGGGUAUUGCGUGGUGGACGAAAGAACUGCGCCAACAACGGCAGAAGUGCAGGGCGUUAAGACGCCGUCUACGCUCUACGACAGACGAGGAAGCAAAGAUUACAAUCCUCGCAGCAUUCAGAAAGGAAAGAGCAGCGUACAAGAUUAACCUCCUAAAGGCGAAGAUCGCCAGCUGGCGGAAGUUCUGUACGGAGAACUCAAAUCCAUAUGGAAUACUGCACAAACUAGCAACCUCCAAAGUCUUCAAGCCGGAUCAUCUGUACGCCAAGACCACAAAUCCACCCUCCACCGGCAACAUAGCAGAAGAUACUGCUACCACAUAUCUGAAUGCAGCCUUCAGGGAAGAUAACCCAGAGGAUGACACGCCACAACAAAGACUAACAAGAGACUGUCAAGACGUCCCAGAUACCCCGGAUGAUAUCCCUUUCGAAACGGAGGAGAUUAAGCAAGUCUUCAAAUAUCUUCCGCUCAAGAAAGCGCCAGGCCCUGACGGACUGGACUAUGCAAUCAUCAGAGGGUCGCAUACACUGCCUGCCCAACAUACUUCAAGGCCUUCUUUAAUAAAUUGCUAA